AUGAACAAAGUCAGUUGGAUAUACGCCCUCCGCAAACCAGAACUCAUCAAGCUCGCCGACGACUGGGGCUUGGACUCCAGCGGGAACCAUAGACGACCUCCGGAUCCGAGUCGCCGCACACCACGGACGAUGCCAGCCAAGGAACCGGCCGGCACCGACGGCGCCGCCUCAGCGGCCGCCAGAUCACCCAGCCCGCCGCCCGACCUCCAGGUCUGGGACAGCCUUCGAAAGAGCGGCGUCUCUUUCGACGGCCGAGAUGCCGAGGACUUCCUGGACCGAUUGGAAGGCCUACGAGGGGGACUGGCCCUCUCCUCGGACCACCUGCUCCGGGGCCUGCCCGCUCUACUACGAGGGUCCGCGUACACGUGGUACCUCAAUAGACGCCGCGCCUGGUCAGAUUGGCGCCAGUUCGAGAAGGAGUUCUACGAACAAUACCUGCCCGGCCAGGAGCCAGAGGACCUGAUGGAGAAGAUCAUCCGCCGGGAACAACGACCAGGGGAGCCAGCCCGAGACUACAUCACGGCGCUCGAAACCCUCAUGCGCCGCCACGGCGGUCUGACGGAGGCAGACCAGCUAAACCGACUGCACCGGAACCUCCUCCCGGAGUACCACCUCUACAUUCACCGAGGUGACGUCCGCACCCGGUCGGACCUGUUCCGACUCAUCACAGACUUCGAGGAGAUCCAAAGGCGACAAAAAACAGUCACCAUCACCGGCCGAGAAGCCCAGCCGGGCUCCCCGACACCACGCGGCCGAGGCAAGCAGCAGCUACGACCGAGAGACCUGCUGCUGGAGAUGCGGCCAGCGUGGCCACCUCAGGACCGAAUGCCGCCGCCCGGGCCGAUUGUUCUGCAGUUACUGCGGGACAGCCGGCACCCGCACGACCGACUGCCGCUGCCACCAGGCGGGAAACCAACGCUGGGCCGGGCCAUCAGGCGCCGCCCGGCCAGAACCAGACCAGACGCCAGCCGCCGAGAAGUAAGCGACGAUGGUCGCAUCCACCUCGAGUUCCUGGUCCACGAGCGGCGAUACCGCGCCCUCGUUGACACCGGAGCUACCCGCUCGUACAUCAGAAGCGACCUGGCCGAGCUGUGCCGCAGGAACGGCGAUAUUUGGCGACCACACCGGCAAACACUACGGGUCGCCGACGGGACCGAGACCAUCACAGAGGGCGAAAUUGAAGUACAGGCCACCAUCAACGGCCAACCAGUCCGGCACCGCUACGGGGUACUGUCCACCCUCAGCCAAACCAUCCUGCUAGGGAUGGACGUGCUGGGCCGUAUGAGCACCAGCAUCCGGAUCGGCCCAUGCCAGUGGGACUGCCCAGAUACCGCUGAGGCCGUCGAACCGACCGGACCGACCGGCUACACCCCGGCUCAACAACAGGCCCUGCAACGGCUCCUGGACGAGGAACUGCCGAAAUUCCAACACUUGCGGCCCACCACCACCUGGGCCAGCCACCGCCUGCGCCUGAAGGAGGGAGCCGAACCCGCCAAACAGCGGUACACGCCGCGAAACCCGGCCAUGCAGGCGAUCAUAGACCAGGAGGUGGACAAAAUGCUAGCCGACGGCAUCAUCGAGCCCUCCCACAGUCCGUGGAGCUCGCCAGUCGUGCUUGUCCGCAAAAAGAACGGAGCCUACCGGUUUUGCGUCGACUACCGCCAAGUCAACCAGCGGACCGUGAAAGACGCAUACCCGCUGCCGCAGGUCCAGGACACGUUAGACAAACUACGGGAGGCCCGCUUCAUCACCACCCUCGACCUGGCCAACGGCUAUUGGCAGGUACCACUGGACGCCGCCAGCCGGCCCAUCACCGCCUUCACCGUCCCCGGGAGGGGACUCUUCCAGUUCCGAGUCAUGCCAUUCGGGCUCCAUUCCGCGCCGAGCACCUUCCAGCGACUACUGGACGAAGUAGUCGGGCCCAAACUGGCCCCCUGGUGCUUCGCCUACUUGGACGACAUCAUCGUGCUGGGACGCACGUUCCAAGAACACCUCGCCAACCUCCGCGAGGUCUUCAGACGGCUCCGCGCUGCCAACCUCCGACUCAACCCCGAGAAGUGCUGCUUCGGACGCACCGAGCUAAAAUACCUCGGCCAUGUAGUCACCAGCCAAGGGGUCAGGACCGACCCCGACAAAGUCCAGGCUAUCAAGGGCAUCCCAGCACCGAGAAACGCCAAGGAGUUGCGCCGCUUCCUGGGAACCGCCUCGUGGUACCGCCGGUUCAUUCCCCGCUUCGCCGACCUCGCCGCACCGUUGAACCAGCUGCUACAAAAGCGGGUCCGCUGGAGAUGGGACGCCGAGGAAGACGCCGCAUUCCUCGAAUUGCGGCACCGCCUGGCCACCGCACCGGUCCUCGCGUGCCCGGACUUCGACCGGGAAUUCACGCUACAAACGGACGCCAGUAGCGAGGGGCUCGGCGCCGUCCUAACCCAGGACUAUGACGGCGAAGAACACGUGGUCGCUUACGCCAGUCGAUCCCUCAACCGAGCGGAGAGAAACUACUCCACCACCGAGCGAGAAUGUCUAGCUAUCGUCUGGGGGAUCCGAAAAAUGCGCCCCUACCUGGAGGGGUACCACUUCACGGUGCUAACCGACCACCAAGCCCCCCGCUGGCUGCAAACGCUAGACAGUCCGUCCGGCCGCCUCGCCCGUUGGAGCAUGGAGCUCCAACACUACGACUUUACGGUACGCUAUCGAAAAGGGGAGAACAACCUAGUGGCCCACGCGCUAUCCCGCCAGCCAGAGGACCCGCCGGAAGAGGAGGCGGACACCGUCAACGGGCCGGACCCAUGGUACGACCGGCUCCGGCAGGCAGUCGAAACCGACCCAGGGAAACACCCGGAAUACCGCCUGCAAGGCAACCAGCUCUACCGCCACAUACCGGACUCCACAGGCCUCCACCCCGACCUGGAGUGGAAAGAGUGCGUACCAAAGGACCGCCGGCAACACGUCCUAACCGAGAACCACGACGUACCAACCGCCGGCCACCUGGGCACCCGGAAGACCAACGCCCGGCUGGCCCGUCGCUACUACUGGCCAGGCAUGUUUCGCGACGCCGCCCGGCACGUACGCGGCUGCCCGAGCUGCCUCGCACACAAGGUGCUGCAACAGGCCCCAGCCGGCGCCAUGCACUCAACACCAACUAGCAGCCCAUGGGAGGUAGUGACCGCCGACCUGGUAGGGCCCCUACCACGAUCCAGAAAAGGCCACACCACGCUCCUGGUUAUGCAGGAUAAGUUCACUAAAUGGGUGGAACUUCAACCGCUACGCCAAGCCACAGCACCAGCCGUCACCAGGGCAUUCCGGGAAAGAAUCGUGAUGAGAUUCGGCCGUCCAAAAAUGGUCAUCACGGAUAACGGGCGCCAGUUCGAAAGCCGCGACUUCACAUCCCACCUAGCCGCCUACGGGAUAGAGCACCGCAAGACGCCACCCUACACACCGCAGUGCAACCCGGUGGAACGCACCAACCGGGUGAUCAAAACCAUGAUCGCACAGGCCACGACCACCGGCCACCGCGAUUGGGAUGAGUGGUUACCAGAACUAGCCUUCGCGUACAACACCGCGCAACACGAAGCCACCGAACAGACGCCGGCCUACCUAAACUUCGGCCACGAGCUGACCGUUCCAGGGAGCAGCCACAACGCCCUCGCCGCCACCGAUGACCACCAGGAAACCCUAGCGCGACUCCAGGACGCGCUCACCAUGGCACAACGGGCACUCGGCAAGGCUCAGCAAUCCCGAAAGAAAUAUUACGACCUGAGGAGGCGAGCCUGGGCCCCUAAGGUCGGGGACCCGGUCAUGCGGCGAGAGCACCCACUAUCCUCCGCCGCAGACCAUUACAACGCCAAGCUGGCCCCAAAAUUCGCUGGACCCUACAUAGUCGCCGAACGCCUCGGCCCAAACGUGGUGCGGCUCCGAGAGCAGCGAGGCAAACUGCGCACGGCACACAUCCAGGACCUCAAGCCGUGCCCCACCAUCGACGACAACCAGGUCGCGAGCUGCGAACCGCGAAGAGACAUUAAUCACUCUGCCACCAGGGGGAAAAUCCGCGAACCGCGAACUCGCGAGGCAAAGCACCCCGCGAGCAAAUAUAUAACGAGCCGCGAACCCGCGAAGGAAGAAAAUCAAGCAACAAGCAUGUCGCACAGCAAGGAGACAGCUACACCUCUGGGCCGCCGCGACCCGCGACCACCCGAGGCUCGACCCCGGAUCAUCCGGGUCCAGGACCUCCGCGGACCAGUCCGCAUCGUGGGGCCACCCCCACGUGUUUCGCCGCCGCCACGCCAGCCGCCAGGGCGAGACGUGGCGGAGACCAUAACGCCGGCCGCGCAGCCGCCGGCGCAGCCAGAAGGACCGGGGGUCUCAGCCCCGGCUCCGCAUCGACACCACCGCGUCGCCAGGGCGACGCCAGCCGACCGGGCCGACACGAUGGCCAGGGCAAGGGCCCUAGCCGAAACCACCCGGAGGGCCACUCGACCAGCCAGGCCAACGCGACCAGCCAGGCCGACUCGACCAGCCGCGCCACCGCCAGCUCCGCGACCAGCCGCACCGACAGCCCGGCCACCAGCAGCACCGCCAACACCACCCGUCGGCCCGACACCGGACCCGCCCAGUGCAGCGGCCGUUUCGGCCGCACCACCGGCCGCGCCACCGGCUGCACCACCGGCCGCGCCACCGGCCGUACCACCGGCCGCACCACCGGCUGCACCACCGGCCGCACCACCGGCCACGCCAGCAGGCUUGCCGCCAGAGCCACCGACGCCAGCCUGGACGCCACCGCCGCUCAUUACGGAGCUCCCCGACCGGCCGCACCGCCAACACCGGCAAGCCCGCCGACCGAGCAGCGGCCCAACGAGGCCGACAGCGACCGCCACGGGCCCCGCCACCGUAACCAGCCGCCCCGCCGACCAUCCAACACCGGAAGCCGUCACCGUCACCACCGGGAGGACGGACGAGGCCGUCCUCGACUGCGAGGUCCUCUCACGGCGGCGGCCCACCUACGUGACCCUGGCCAACGGCGUCACGCUGGCCAUCCGCCGACUCCGGACAGGGCGCGUCCGGGUCCGAGCGCUUCUGGGGCCCGCACCGCCACAGGGUCCACCAGGCACGGCGGAAACCGAACCCUGA